AUGGCAGAUCUAAACUCGGUGAAAGUGGUUGAGGUUUGCCAAGUAGCACCGCAACCAAGCACGCCGGACUCAUCAGCCAUCCCUGAGUCCCUUCCUCUAACCUUGUUCGACUUGCUCUGGCUAAGAUUUGCACCCGUCCAACGCCUUUUCUUCUAUGAAAUCAAUAACCCUAACUCCUCCGACACCAACUGCACCCAUUCAACGCUCAUUCCGAAACUCAAAACCUCACUCUCUCUCACCCUCCAACAAUUUCUGCCUCUAGCCGGAAACGUCAUAUGGCCCAAAGAGUCCCCUAAACCUGUUCUCCGUUACGUCCGAGGAGACGGGGUUUUGCUCACCAUAGCCGAGUCCGAUUGUGAUUUCCACCAUAUAGUUUCAACCAACAGCUUCAACAUUGAAGCCAAAGAAUACCAUCCUCUCAUACCCCAGAUGCCCAUGUCUCACGAAAAAGCCGCGGCCAUUGCAUUGCAGAUCACCAUAUUUCCUAACCGUGGCUUCUGUAUUGGAACAUCCAUGCACCAUGCAAUCCUAGACGGCAAGACCUCAACCAUGUUUGUGAAAACAUGGGCUCACAUUUGCAAACACGAAGAUUCCAAUUUGUUGCCGGAACAGCUCAAACCUUUUUUAGACAGAAGCGUCAUCAAAGACCCCGCCGGCCUAGAAGAGAUCUACGCGAACCAAUUUCGAAACAUGGACCGGCCCGACAACAGAAGCUUGAUGUCUUCCAAGUUUAAAGUUUUAGUACCGAGUUCAAUUCGUGGCACGUUUGUGUUCACACGGGCAAAUAUAGAAGCACUGAGGUAG